UAAAUAGGGUUACUCUUUCUGUUCCUGUGGGAAUACCCCUCUACAGGUUUUGGUACAGCCUCACACAGGUUUCAACCAUUUUCCUGAGAAAAAGGUUUAGUUCAUUAACAAACAUUCUUGGGCAGAAAAAAUAUACAUCGCUAAAUUUGCUAAAUAUAGUGUGAUCUAUGAACAAUCUACAAAUAAACGUUUAGCAUUUUUUAAAAAGCAAGAGAAUAACUAGCAGAAUAAUUUAACAAUGAAAUGGUGAGCACCCCAUAAUGGUUUCGCUGAUGAAGGAGGGGAGCAGAUUAUAGUUUCCUUGGCAGCCACAUAAACAGGAAUCCGAGGAAGGACUGGAAGCAGUACCUGCAGAUAAUACUGGCAUUUCACGAUUUAUUAGUUUAAGAAAGUUGAUUUCCUAAGCGCACUUCCCAGGGACCAGCCCUGUUGCCAUGGCGAAAGAUCCGCUCGCGGAGGCUUGUCUUCAUUUUGAUGAGCUCAACAAGCUGCGCGUGCUCGAGCCCGAGGUGGCCCAGAAGACCACUGAGCUGAAGGAGGAAUGCAAAGAGUUUGUCGACAAAAUCGGGCAGUUCCAGAAGAUUGUGGGCGACCUCAUUGACCUGGUGGAUGAGCUGGCGAAGGAGGCGGAGACUGAGAAAAUGAAGGCUAUAGGAGCGCGGAACCUGCUGAAAUCCGUGGCCAAGCAGAGGGAGAGCCAGCAGCAGCAGCUCCAGGCUCUGAUCACUGAGAAGAAGAUGCAGCUGGAGAGGUACAGGAUCGAGUACGACGCGCUGUCCAAGGUGGAGGCGGAGCAGAGCGAGUUCAUCGAUCAGUUCAUUCUGCAGAAGUGAUGAGGCGCUGUGCAGGGAGGCGGGACCUGCUUGCACAGGGGCGGAGCCUGUGGCACCUUUGGAGGUGGACAGGGUACCGUGGGAACCACUCACUUGUCAAUAAAAACAAGGGUACAACACGAAGAGCUCCACCCCCAACAACUCUGAAAAAGCACCAGGAAUAUGGACUCCUUGAGCAGUUCAAAGGUCACUUUUGCAUCAUCCACAGCAUAAGCGCUUGCCCCUGAAAGCCAUGAGGGGAGAUGCUUAUCGCUCUCUAUGGGGUCUUUGAGAAAUCUGCAAGACUGUGUUAGAUCCUGUGCGUGUGGAUGCAUAUCUUCUCCCACCACUAGUUAAAUUAGAAAAAUGGAGAAAAAAAAUCUAUUUAUCUAUGAAAUUAUUUGUUAUUUAUAUACUAUAUUUAUAUUUUUACUCUGUAUAGAUAGCUUUUAUUACAUUUUCUAUUUUGUAAUGAAAGAUACAGUAGUUGCAUGGCGCUGUAUAUAUUGAUUGAUCGAUCAUGUAUCAGUAUUUUAAAUAGCGAUGCAUGAUUUUAAAUAUACUGAAUAUUUAACGUUCAUGGGGUCAUGCUGUAUUCUCUAAGGACUUGAAGCAAGUUAGACUCCCAUCUGGUCAUGCUGGAUUCCAGGUUUUUUUUGUACACUUGCCCGUAGGACUAUUAACCAAAGUCAGCCUCCUCCUUAAUUUUUCUGGAUUCAUUUGAUGUGUCGUCCGUUCCACUGUCUCUGAAGAGGAUGCAAAAUACAUCCCAAAUAAAUUCUGACUAUUUGUGUC